AUGUUGACCCAUCAGAAACGCAAGCAGUUCCGAUGUGCUGAACCUGGGUGCCAGAAGAGCUACUGUGAUUCUCACUCCCUGAAGCGCCACUAUAUCUCUCAGCAUGGUCUCCCUCCCAUGUCCCAAAGCCCCCCGAACCCAAGCCACCCAGCCCACUCUGCUACUACCCAGUGGGAGCAUGUGGAUAGUUCUGCAUAUUUGGGAGGUUCGACAGCUCACUGUAAUUACCGUCCCAUGUUCCUGACCCAACCCAAACCGACAUCAGACACUCAACUGAAGGUCGCUGAUUACUCUGGCUUUUUCAGCUUCAACAGUUACAAGGGGUUUGCUCCUCCAAGUGGCUUACAACUGAACAACUACUCAGAGCAGAACAUCUCUCAGUCAAGGCCUAUCUUAGUCCUGGACACCUGGAUGCAGCAGUCUGACAAAGGUCCUUGUAGUGAGUGCCCAGGCGAAUUAAAUCCACCCCAGUGGGCCCCUGAGCCUAGUAACAUCACUGCUACUUUACCAUCACUACUUCCUGGAGUGGAUGGCCCAAGUCCUCAUGGUUGGGAGAGUGUAGUUGACUUCCCUGUAUCUGACCUCCAAGUUCUUGAAGAAAUGUUGUCCUGUCAUCCCUGUAGUGAGGCUGGUAACCGAGAGUGUUUAGUGAAGCCAGCGUCCCCGGAGAAGAGCUACUCUCCAUCUAAGCAGGAGCAGUCGAUUUAUGGCCAGAUGAACUCGGAUGGGAAACCCCAAGUUAACACUCAGCUGCACUCUUUUGAACCAACAGCAAGCUCAGAUUCCAGUGUAACAUCUAUGUCGUUUCCCAACACUGUUUUCAUCCACUCAAGCUCAAGUCUUCCAAACAAGCCCGACCCAGUCCCACCUAUCCCGCCACCACCAAACAUCGUCCUACCCUGCCUCUACAGUGUGCAGAAGUCAGAGACUUAUAAUACAAAGAGCGACAGUAAGAGAAAGAGAGAGAGGAGGAAGAAGGGUAGGACUGUAGAGCUUCCUGCUCCACCUCUCCCCACACCUCGCCCCACCUCUCUCCUGGCUCCCCGACGUCCCCGCCCUCGGCCACACUACCUUGUCUCCCCAAGCCAGGUGGCUAUGGCCUCUUUUAGCUCAGACAGCAACCCUCGGCAGACCUUCCAGGGAAGAAAUGUCAGUGUGCCAGGAGAGGAACAACAGUGUAGUGACGGGUAA